CUAUAAACCGAGAUUGCAGAAAAGUGAAGCCAUUGCCAGGAAUUUUACUCAGUUAUUCAAUCGAGAGUAAACUUUCCGGUUGAGUCGCAAUCUGUUCAAUUAUCGAUUACUUUUUCUUCCACCCACCUUCACCUAUUUGGCCCCAUUACCCAUUCCUUAACCCCACUACGCAUUCUUUAACCCCGCUGGGACCUACCGCUUUACCUACCAUUUUACCCCCCCCCCUUAAUUUCCUUUUCCUGAUGCUCCCUAACGCAAAUCGCCGGGCAAAGAUCAGACCGCCAAAGAGGUCGCUCGUGAAGGAGAUCAACUUUGAUGAGUCGUGGGCGGUGCUAUCGGCGGCGGUGUCACAGAUCCAGCAGAAAAAUGCGUCCGCUCUCUCGUUCGAGGAGCUCUACCGCCGCUCAUACAACCUCGUGUUGAAAAAGCACGGCCAGCGACUCUACGACAAUGUGCGCGCCGCGGUGGCCACGCACUUAGCGACCGUACGCACGCGGCUCCUCGCGGCGACGAGUGCUGCGCCUGAGGCGUUCUUGCAAUGCAUGCGUGCCGAAUGGGAGGACCACACCUUGUGUAUGCGCAUGAUCAGCGACGUUUUGUUGUAUUUAGACCGCGUGUAUGCGCGCGACAAGAAGCUUCCGCUCGUAUACGACAUGGGAAUAAGCUUGUUUGCCGAGCACGUGGUGAAACACGGGGACCACAGGCUCGGGAACCGUCUUGUGGCGAUUCUCAACCUGGAGAUCCACCGCAACCGCCAGGGCGAGAUUGUCAACCGACUUUUGCUCAGGCUGAGUGUGGGAAUGUGUGAGGCGCUCGUGGAAGACGCGGAGUUCGGCGAAAACUACUAUGUGCGGCAUGUCGAGCUGCAGCUUUUGCAGGCCAGCGGCGACUACUUCGAGACCGCGGCGAACGAGUUUCUCGGAAGCGCCACGGGCUAUUUGCACCAUACGACGCAGUUUGUCAAGGACGAGGAGAGCCGUGCCACGCUUUAUCUUCCCGAGAGUACAUUUCCGAAGCUUGUUUUGCUUAUGGAUAAUGUGAUGGUGGGGGACAAGUUGGGGACCGUGAUGGAGUCAGCGGACGGGUUGAAGGAGUGGGUGACAGGGCGGAUGCACGGGGAGUUGAGGUUGGUUUACGGGUUGAGCGGGCGUGUAGAUGUCGAGCAUAGGGCGUUGAGGCAUCAGUUGGUGGGGAUUGUGAAGGAGAUGGGUGAAGCUUUGGGCAGAGCGAGCGAGGUAAGCGAAACUGUGAACGAAGCAGGCGAAGCUCUGGCUGAGGCCCAGGCGAACGGUCCCGGUGAAGCAACACCCACGAGCUUGCGCCCAAACGCAAAACCCAAACGCAAAAACGAUACUACAGCCUCCGCGCUUAAAUGGAUCGAGUCCGUCCUCUCCUUAAAGUCCCAUCUCGAUGCAAUCCUCGCGACGUUUGACAAUAACGCUUUCAUCGCAAAAUCCAUUGAGAUGGCCCUUGCCGACUUUGUCAACGCCAACGCCAAGUCUGCCGAAUUCCUCUCGCUCUACAUCGACUUCCACAUCAAGAAAUCCCUCAAGGCCUCCACAGACAGCGACGUCUUGGAAAAUGCCAUCACGAUGUUCCGCUUCCUCCGUGACAAAGACAUAUUUGAGCGGUACUACAAAAACCACUUGGCGAAACGCUUGCUCCAGAACAAGGCCGGGGCAAGCGACCUUGAAACUGCAGUUAUCACGCGAAUUCGGAGCGAAAUCGGGGCAGAAUUCACAUCCAAGUUGGAGGGGAUGUUCCGUGAUAUGAAGAUUUCGCGCGAUCUCUCACUGGAGUUCAAUGAAAGAAACUCCGGGUUCGAACUCGAGGUUCAGGUUUUGACCACGACGUUCUGGCCGAUGCAGUCGACGAAAGAUCCCAUCGCCUACCCCACAGCUUUGGGCGAGAUGAAGACGCGCUACGAGGACUUUUAUCUCUCAAAGCACAGCGGCCGCAACCUUGCGUGGCUCCCGACAUUUGGCUCGGUGGAUGUGCGCAUCCAAUUUGAGGCGAAGGUGCAUGAGGUGAAUAUGUCGACGUAUGCCGCGGCGAUUGUGUUACUCUUUGCAGAGCAUGAGCAGUUGAGCUACGGCGAGAUUUUGGCAAAGACGGGCAUCCCAGCGAACGACCUUAAACGGCAGUUGCAAUCGGUCUCUGUGGCCCCCAAGACGCGGAUAUUGACCAAAAAACCCAUGACCAAGGAGAUCAACGAUGGGGAUGUAUUUAGUUUCAAUGGGAAGUUUCGGGCGCCGUUGACAAAGGUGAAGGUCUUGACGGUGUCACUGGGGUCUAAGGCGGAGAAUGACGAAGAGAGGAGUGCCACGGUGGGGGCAGUGAACAAAUCGCGGAAGUUUGAGACGGACGCCGCGAUGGUGCGGAUUAUGAAGUCGCGAAAACAGAUUUCGCAUAAUGAGUUGAUGGCGGAGAGUAUUAGGCAGUUGGGGAACCGGUUCCGACCAAGCCCCCAGUUGAUCAAGCAGCGUAUCGAGGCGUUGUUGGAGCGGGAGUAUUUGAAAAGGGAUGAUGUGGAUAGGAGUGUGUACCACUAUCUUGCAUAGAACGGGGUAUAGAGGGGGGUUGAAUGUGAUGAGUGUUUAAUUUACUGGUUCAGGCGAGACGUUAAAUAUGAAUUGAUAUGCUGAAUUAGGCUGCAGUUAGGCUUAGAGGGACCAUAUAUUUUAGCAUUGAGGUUUUGCAAAGUUGGACACAAGCACCGACGUCUAGAUAAAUAGUACCUUUGC